AUGAUCAGUUGCUGCUGGAUACUUUUCUUUGUUCAAUUUAUUCUUCUUGUUGAUAGUAUUCAAUGGGCAAAUCCAGCAGCUAUUCCUCAGAUCUGUUCUAAGCUUCAGUCAAUGCUUUCUUUUGGUAAAUACCAAACAUCUCAAAUCUCUUCAAAUAUAACUUAUGUGCCUCGCCUCUAUGCUCAAAAUUUCCUCGCUUAUUCUUCUAUCGAUGAUUUUCUAUUGUUCAUUGAACCUAAACAUCAGAUUCAUAUCUAUGACGCUCAACAUGUUCAACUCAUUGUUACUAUCAGUACAAUAGAUGUAAUCAUUGCUACAUCAUGUACUUCAUUGAUUUCUGAAUCUCCUCAUGAACUUUUUUUUAUCUACGCAAAUCAUUCCUCAACAAAUAUCAUCGCUUUACGUGUGUGUCAAGUACGAUUUGAUAUUGACCGGCGAGAUUUCACUCAAAACUAUUGUAUUCAACCAAUUACACUGCAAUAUGAUCAACCGAACUUACGCGUUUACGGUUUUACUAUAAAACGCGAUCAUGCAGGAACGAAUAAGUCUCUAGUAUUCAUCUCCGCAGAAAUUGGCUUGAUCUACAGUAUUUUCGAUACUAAAACCGGUAUUUUGUUGAGCGAACCAUUGGUUUUAAAUGAAACAUUGAAUGAAGGCAGCGUUGUCUUAUCUUCGUCGAAUUCGAUUUAUUAUGCCAGCAAACAAGAACAUUUAAUUUAUGAAUUACGCAUAACCAAUGAUUUUCGUUUGACUUAUGGCAAUGUCACCAAAGGCAAAGCGAUUAAAUCUCCGUUUGGUUUAAUCGCCGACGAGUGUCAUCAUUUAUACAUUGCGACACGUUCUAUGAUAUUGAUCAUGUAUACACAAGAAUCUGCAACAAUACGAAGCGUUUUUUCUAAAGCAUCAGAUUUACCAAUAACACUUGAAAGAAUUAAUGCAACGACGUAUGUUUACGCAACAAUCAACAAAAAUGCAAAAAAGACUCAACCGUACUGGAUGUUUAACUUCUUAUAUUUUACUGAGCCAGAGAAAAAUCUGCCUCCAACGCGUCAUCCUGUCAUCAAUAUGGAGGAAACACCGCUGGUCAAUAUUACCGCAAUCGAUAGUGUUUAUUUACCAACACUUUGGCCGUUGUCGUAUUCGUUACUGUCUAUGACAAAUAUGACAAGAGCGUACACACAGUUUUUUUCUACACCGAGAAAACCGUUCGGAUUGUUUCGAAAGAGAAGAUUGAAAGCAGUGGAACUGAAUAGUACAAUUGAUCAAGGAAAUGCAUCAAUGCAAAUGCCAGACGAUGAUGAAUCACAAUCUGAUCCAUUUCAUCUUAUCGAUCAUGAAGACGGUCUCGAAAACGAUGAGCUUUUGCGACCUGAUUAUAAUGAUUUUGAUGAUGCAUGGCUAAAUCACGAAAAUGGAACAGAAACUCGUUUACCACAAGAUACAUAUUCUAAUCCGAAUUUCUCUCCUGGUCUUCAAUACAAUGGUUCAUUAGCUGAUCCGAAUGGCAUAUCUAGCGAUUCCGAUACAAAAAGUCGUUCGCAUCAGUCUCGAUUACAGCAUACGAAUGCUUCUACAAAUUCUGAUAUUGACAAAAGCUCAUCAUUUCGCGAUGAUCAAUCAUUACUAGAUUAUUUAUUGAACCAUCCAAUAUCGGAUUUGGCAUCUGUUAACAAUACGGACAAUAUUCUCGAAUCGGUACCUUCCACUGAUGACUUGAAAAUCUACUUCAAAUAUCGAACAAAUCUUACCGAAGAUCAAAGAAUCCAAAUAGAAGCUUAUCUUGUUCAACGAAUAUCAUCAGAUCCGUAUCUUGCAUCCAAAUACAUCACUAGCACGAUCAGUCCCACCAUACCUCCUCUCAAUGGCAACUAUUUAUUACCUAAAGAUGAACCAGGAAAAGAAUAUUCUCAAGAUAUGAUGUCCCUUAUAUUGGAUCGAUUCAAUCAAACAGAAGCCAUGGAAGAGAAUUUAUUUUCCUAUGAUGAGUUGCAGACUUAUUUAGAAGGAAACAGAGAGUUUACAUUAGAAAAACAAGGAUAUAUUAAAGCGUUCUUAGCUAUGCAAAAUUUAACUGUUCUAAAUCAAUUAUCUGAUGAUUCAACAUUAGCUGACUUAUCAUCUACAACCCUUCCGAGUAAUAUCGAACUUAGUGAAGACGUACAACUCGAAGAACUAUUGAAAAAGAUACCACAAACUGAUUCUGAAUAUUACAAUUUGUCUACUGAUUCGGAAGAAAUAUUAAUUUCCAAAGAUGACCUUCGAUCUUAUAUAUACGGUGAAGGAAUGUUAUCGAAAGAACAACAAGCACAGUUCCAUGCUUACGUUGCCACACAGAACUCUUCUGAUCAACAUCUACUCACCAAGUAUAUAACAACAGCAACAAUUGCUACCACUACUAUUGCAUCAUCGUCUGAAAUACAAGAAGUAUCGGAGAAUCAAUUACCACUAGAGGAUUUUACAAGUAAAGAUGAACACGAUAAUCAGCGUCCGAAAGAAGAAAUAUCUAUGGAUUUUGAACAGAGCAAUCGCACGAACGAUACUGAUGAUGGCUGGUUCAAUGCCAACGACUUACAAGGUUAUCUCGAAGGGCAUGCUAAUCUCUCCGAUGCUCAGCAAAUACAGAUUGAACGAUAUCUUGCCAAGCAACCAUCUCUUGACAGAAGUCUUUUUACUAAACAUUCAACAACGACGACAACAACAUCAACAUUGUUAACUACAACAUUUGUACCUAGUGACAGCACCGAUUCAGACAACGUCGAAGAAGAAAAUCCAGAGGAAAAGCCUAGUGUAGAUGAUAUACUCGAGAACAUACCGGAAGCAGAUACUGAGCAUUUUAACAUCACUGUAGGAUCGGAGCAGGUACUGAUCGCAAAGAAUGAUCUUCGAUUAUUUUUCGAAGGCAUAGGAAACUUACCAAAAGAUCAACAAAAACAAGUCGAAGCAUACUUAGCUCUACAACGGCUUACUGAGCGACGCAAGUCGACAGAAUAUUUGCCAGCAACGGUACCUGGUGAUAUUUCGACAACAAUUCGUACGAAUUCUGACUUCGUAACUGAAAGACAAGACCAUGAACCGUUAAUCGAUGCGGAAUUACUUCCAGUACUACUUGAACACUUCAAUGAUUCCAUUGAAGCUCGAACAUCCUCAAUUACAAUUGACGAUUUACGUUCGUAUCUACAGGGAAAAGGAAAUCUGUCUGAAUUUCAACAGGAAAUUAUCAAAGAAUAUUUGAGCAGAGAAUUAUCUGAAAUUCAAAGUUUACCUUCUGUAGACUCAACUAGUACAGUUCCAUUAUCUACCACUGUAGCCGUGCAAGAAUCUCUCGAUGAUAGCAACAAGCAUGAAGAUAAUGAAUUAGAAGAUUUGUUAAACCGAAUAUCAUCCACUGACUCUCACUCUGGCAAUUCUUCCAGUUCUAUUGAAGAAAUAUCAAUUUCAAAAGAGGAGUUACGUUCCUAUCUGCAAGGACAAAGUAAUCUGUCUCAAAGUCAGCAAGAUUAUCUCAAAACAUAUUUAGGAAGACAAUCCCCAUCUGAUCAGGCAUUAUUUUCAAAUUAUCUCGCUACCACUACCUCGACACCCAUUUUAGACAUCAACUCUAUCCUACAACCACAAACUAAUCUUUCCUCAACUCAUCAUACACAUUCAAAACUCCUCUCGGCCAUUCUUCAGCAUCUCAAUCACACUCUCAACACUUCCUUCACCAUCAACGACCUACAAUCGUACAUUCAGGGACACACUAAUCUCUCUAUCGAUCAACAACACAAGAUCAAAGAAUAUCUCGCCGAGCACUCGUCACCACUACAAAACAUCAUCUCUCAAUACGUACAAUCAAUGACAACGCCACGACCGUCCACUAUCGUAACUCCACUGAACAUCGACGAUGAUGAGAAACUAGACGAGUUCCUAGCGAAGAUUCCACUGAGCGAUCCAGAGCAAGUGACGAUCAGCAGAGAAGAUCUUCGAUUGUAUCUGCAAGGUCGAAGUAAUCUAUCGAAAGAUCAAGAAGCACAGAUCGAAAUGUAUCUGGCAAAGGAAACAGCAGUCGACGAAACAAAGUCUUGGCAGUAUAUGACGACAAGUAGUAGCAGAACAGCGAUUGUUGAUGGAUUAGAGAAGGGAAAGUACUCGAAUGAAGUAAUUGCUGCAAUCGUUGAACAUUUAAAUCGGUCAAUUGGUGCAGAAAAGAAGAUUCCAUUUACCAUUCAUGAUCUGCAAUCGUAUCUACAAGACGACAAGAAUUUAUCAUCAGCUCAAGAAGAACAGAUCAAGGAGUAUCUUGAUAACAAUCGAUCUCCUCUUCAAAAUCUUAUAUCCCAAUAUACCAAGGAUCUAACAGAUUCACCAACUAUUGCUACAAUAACUAGUGAUGCAGAAUUAGAAGAUUUCUUGGAGAAAGUAGUUGACAUCAGCUCAAAUGUUUUUAACACUUCUACAGACUUCGAUUCGAUAACGAUUUCAAAAGACGAUAUGCGAUCAUAUUUGAAAGGUCAUGGAAAUCUGUCGAAAGCUCAAGAAGCCCAAAUCGAGACGUAUUUACAUGAAUUGUCUGCAACAAAUCGCGCACUAUUCUCCAAGUAUUUUACAUCUACUCAAAAACCACAGGAAACACCUCAAGAAAGAAAUCAGUCUUCUACGAUCGAUACGGAUGAUGAUAUAGAUUCAGAAAUAUCUCUACCAAGCGGCAGUGAGAGUAGCUCAUCUAAUUACUCCACAACGACUCAAGUAUCUCGUGCGCGCGAACCAGUUGAUGAUCAUAGUGAAGAAGAAAAGUUCAAAGAUUUUUUAAGGAAGAUUCCACAAACUGAUUCUGAUUAUUAUAAUAUUUUCACUGGCUCUGAAGGACAGUUGAUCUCCAAAGAUGACUUGCUGUCAUUCAUUGAAGGUCGAGGCAACUUAUCAAAAGAACAACAAACUCAAAUUCAAGCAUACCUAAUUAAUGAAUCACCAGCUGAUAAAGAAACAUUUAUGAAAUUCCUCACCAGUACAACAAAACAACCAAGAACAACGACAGUUAGUAGCAAAAAUGCAAAGGACAUGGAUAAAGUCGGAGAAAUACCACCAUCUAUCCUUGAGAAGCUGAAUCAUAUAAUCGCUGCAGAAAACAGGUCAUUCACUUUAGAUGACAUCCACAAAUACCUUCAAGAAAACAGCAAUUUAUCAGCAGCUCAACAAUCACAAAUCGAAGACUUUCUUACUAAACAACCAACGUCCAUCAACAAACUAUUACUGCCCAACCAUUCCACAAGUACUCAAUUAUCAAGUACAGUAUAUUCAUCGGAAGAAGGUGUCACCCUUGAUGAUCUACUUAAGAAAAUACCAUCCGCUGGCUCUGAUUAUUUCAACAUUACUACCGGAUCAGAGCAGGUACUCAUUGCAAAGGAAGACCUUCGGUCAUAUUUAGAAGGGGAAAAAAACUUAUCAGACAUUCAACAGGCACAAAUCGACGCGUAUUUGACUCAAAGAUUAUUAGCGAAUCGAAAUCUUUUUUCCAAAAAGUUAACUACCAUGUCAACUGUAAAAUCAUCAUCGACGUCAAAGCCAAACGUUUAUCAACAAUAUAUUCAUGCGCAAAAUCAGACAUCCGGUUUAGAAAACAUGCCGUUUACCGCUGCUGAGUUAAAUGCCUACAUUCAGGGUCAGAGAAACAUAUCAGUAGUUCAACAAAAGCAGAUUGAAGACUAUCUGGCCAAACAAACAACGUCGAGCUCCACUCCGAUUUCGCGAUCCUCAAUCAGUGUGCUUAUUUCAACGGAGGCAUCACUGUCGGAUGAUAAACAACGUGAAGAAGAAGUUAAGUUACAAGAUUUGAUAAAUACAUUACCAGAAAUCGAUGCACAUUCUGUCAACUACUCUAACGAUUCCGAACAAGUUCUUAUUUCAAAAGAUGAUAUACGUACAUAUUUACAGGGGAGAGAAAAUUUAUCAAAAGCGCAAAAAGCCCAUAUAGAAGCAUAUCUGGCUAAACUUUCAUCAUCCGAUCAAAAUAUACUUUCGAAAUAUUUAACAACCACUACUUCAAAACCAAGAAUACUUUUAACUCCCGGUAUCAACAUCGGAGAAUUCUUUCAAAGGGGAACGAAUAAAUCGCUUACUGAUCUUAUACAAAAUGAAGAAUAUGCACAAAAAAUUUUACCCAUGCUAUUUGAAAACUACAAUCAGACAAACUCGACAGACGGAAAAUCGUUCAGUGUUGAAGAUUUACGAUCCUAUGUACAAGGACAAGCAAAUAUAUCGGCAGAAAAACAAGCACAAAUUCAGAUCUAUUUAUCUGAACAAUUCAACUCCCAUCAACAAAUGUUUUCACAAUACUCCACUACGGACAUAUCGCCUAGCAGCAGUUCAACGCUUGAUGGCGCAAAAUUACAAGACCUUCUCGAUAAGAUUCAAGUAGGUGAUUCUCUAUACCUCAAUCGCACUAGCGAUGAAGAAAAAUUAAUCUUCAAAGAUGAUCUACGAUCCUAUUUGCAAGGACGCGGAAAUCUCUCCAAAGCUCAGGAGACGCAAAUCGAAAACUACAUUUCGAAACUACCACCAUCUGAUCGGGCAUUAUUUUCAAAUUAUCUCGCUACCACUACCUCGACGCCCAUUUUAGACAUCAACUCCAUCCUACAACUACAAACUAAUCUUUCCUCAACUCAUCAUACACAUUCAAAACUCCUCUCGGCCAUUCUUCAGCAUCUCAAUCACACUCUCAACACUUCCUUCACCAUCAACGACCUACAAUCGUACAUUCAGGGACACACUAAUCUCUCUAUCGAUCAACAACACAAGAUCAAAGAAUAUCUCGCCGAGCACUCGUCACCACUACAAAACAUCAUCUCUCAAUACGUACAAUCAAUGACAACGCCACGACCGUCCACUAUCGUAACUCCACUGAACAUCGACGAUGAUGAGAAACUAGACGAGUUCCUAGCGAAGAUUCCACUGAGCGAUCCAGAGCAAGUGACGAUCAGCAGAGAAGAUCUUCGAUUGUAUCUGCAAGGUCGAAGUAAUCUAUCGAAAGAUCAAGAAGCACAGAUCGAAAUGUAUCUGGCAAAGGAAACAGCAGUCGACGAAACAAAGUCUUGGCAAUAUGUGACGACAAGUAGAAGCAGAACAGCGAGUGAGGAUGGAGACGUUGAAGCGAUUGUUGAUGGAAUAGAGAAGGGAAAGUACUCGAAUGAAGUAAUUGCUGCAAUCGUUGAACAUUUAAAUCGGUCAAGUGAUGCCGAGAGAAAGCAUACAUUUACAGGUGAUGACUUACUAUCAUUUCUGGAGGGACAUGGAAACUUAUCUUCGACGAAAUUAGACGAAAUCAAAGAGUAUCUAGCUAAUCAAUCGUCUACAAUUCAAAACAUAUCUUCUCACUACUCCAUAAGUCAACUUGACCCUAAACUGAAUGGGUACACUCACGGUGACGACAGAUCUGUGAAUGAUCUCUUGGAACGACUUCCUUCAAUCGACGCAUACCGUCUCAAUUCAUCUAUAGAUGCGGAGGGAUUAACCAUCACCAGAGAAGAAUUACGGUCUUACCUGCAAGGUCACGGAAAUCUUUCCAAAGCUCAGGAAUCUAAAAUCAAGGCAUAUAUCGCUAAACAAUCACCACAGGAUCAGGAAUUAUUCUCGAAAUCGAUGACAUCGACUGAAACUCCAUCAACAACAUUGGUGACUGUUGUCGAGAAAUCCACACAAUCACAUAAAGGGAAGAAAGGUGGUUCUAGUGGCAAAAAACUACUAACAACAACUGUUGAUUAUAACAAACCAACGACUGCAUUCGAAGAGAGCCUAUUCUUUUUCGACGACUUGCGAGCUUAUUUACAAGGUCGACGUAACUUAUCACCAGCGAAAAUCGCACAAAUCCAAGCUUACCUGGCUAAGCAAGCAGCAGCAAAUCAAAGUAUACCAUUGUUGUUUUCAACAACCACUCGGCCAUCAGCAGCAGUCACCUCGCGGACUGGCAAAUCACCAGACGAGCAGCUUACCGAGGAAAAUGAACUCGAAGCGUUAUUAAAGAAAAUACCAUUGGUUGACUCAAAAUUUUACAAUUUAUCUACCGGUUUAGAAGAAGCACUGAUUGCGAAAGACGAUCUACAAUCUUAUCUAGAAGGCAAAAGAAACCUAUCAGCAACUGAGGAAGCUCAAUUUCAGAUGUAUUUAUCCAAACAGCCUUUAUCAGAUCAAACUAUGUUUUCGAACUAUAUGAGAAAAACAAAAGUACCAGGCGGGCUUUUCAUACCUGGCAUGGAUGGAAAACUAGUAACGAAUAACGGAAAUGAAGAUCAUACGCAACAGUUACUACCAUUGGAUUUGGAGUAUCUAAAUCGAACAAUUGGCUCAGAUGGCAUUUUAUUUACUCUUGAUGACUUGCAAUUAUACUUACAGAGACGCGGAAAUUUAUCUUCAGCUCAAAUCGCACAAAUUCAAGUUUAUUUAGCUGCACAAAGAGCAUCUAAUCGAAGUAUUUUCUCGAAUGAUACAAAGCCAUCGCACGACACGUCAAGAUCAGAUGAAGUAAAAUUGGAGUUGUUCUUGAAGAAUUUAUUGGCGUACUUAAACAAUACGAAUAUUCCCAGUGAUGUCGACAAAGCACUCUUUUCCAUAGACAACAUACGAGCUUAUCUGCAAGGCCAAUUAAAUCUAUCGAAAAGCGAUGAAACGAGAAUGCAAUCGUUUUUAAAUAAAUAUUCAACGUUAAGUAAAAGCACGUUCAAUGCAUCGAACACAACCCUUUCCCCUUUGGAGCACCCGCACUUAUGGUCGUCAUUUUUUCGUUUCUCAGAUUAUUCGAGCACUAAAACAUCAAAAUCUCUUUCAGACAUAGAUAAAACAACCACAACCACAACUUCUACUACUACCACUACCACUAUCAUAAGCACUUCACCAUCUCGGGAGAGAAGUUCCAUUGUUUCAACGACCAGCCAAGUAUUUUAUGGUACAACUGAUUCAUCACAAGUUACCGAUGCAUUUCAAUCCUCGUAUGCACUAUUAUCAACACGAAAGACGGGUACAUUCAUAACAUCCGAUGUACCUAGACAAACACCAACAAUCACACAAUCGGAUAUAUCUUCAUCAGGACAGGAUCAACUAUAUUUCAAAUCAACCCUUGCUUCCAUGUUAUCUCCUUCAACUCAGAAACUAACAUCACAAAAGAAAUCGGACUACGAUACUUCCAGAACAUCACAGACUUAUACCAGAUCGUCACACUUGGAUCAAGGAGAGAUGUCCACCACUUCUUUCUCAACAUCGAGUUCCUUCUAUUCUACGCAGCCAGUAGUAGAUGAUAGAACUCCGCCAUAUUUGAUUCCUACUAGUUCUCAAAGAGAAAGUUCGAAGCCGUAUAGUUACUAUCCGUCCUCACCAACACCUUUCUCGUGGUUGACUGAUAGAUAUCGUCAUGGUUUCACUUCUGACCGAUCUGCUUCUGACUCGAUGUCGACACUUUUUCCUUAUUUUGAUGCGCGAAGAACGUCAUCAACGUACACUCCACCAAAUUUUGACCUACAACAAGGAUUUACCACCACAAACCGUAGAUUUCGUAGUCGAAAACAAAAGAUUAUCCGGUGGCAAACUCAAUCAACACCAAGCACUACGAUGUCUCCUAUUCUCACCACUACAACAACCAUAUCUCCAGAUGAAUCAACCAGAACUUCGAGUCAUCUUUCAACAACUGUGACGCCAACAUCAUUAUGGUAUGCCCAACUCGAUCCCUUCAAUCAACAGCAAACGAUAAUUGUCAAACCACCAUCAAAUGGAAACGAUCCUAAUUCAUUCCUAUCAAAUGAACUUCUCAAUGAACUGUUUCACAAUAUUUCCACAUCAUCAAACUCAUCCGUUGACAAAUCAGUGUAUUUUGAUCUAAUUGAUCAUCCUUCAUCUUCGUGGAAUCUUUCCGUUCAAUCCAAUGACAGUUUCAUACUUGACAUUGCACUACCCUUACCGAACUCUACAAGUCAAACCAACUUGACAUUUACAAAAAUCGAAGCCGAACGUUUUUCGACGAAUAUUGUCGGCAAAUCAGUUCAUUUUCAAGCAGACCGUGUUCAAGCAAAACAAUUCUCUUUAACAAUGAAUAAUACUGACAAUGAAACCGAACCAAACCGUCGAAUUCAACAUUUAUCCGAUGUUACUAUUGGUCACGUAACAAGUGAACAAUUUCGUUUGACUCUACGUCAAACGGACAACGUCAAUCUGCAUGUGCAGCGAGUCGAUACGGCAACAGCAGAACUGCAACUCGAUGAUAACUUUUGUUCGAAUAAAAGUAGUCUAGCGAUCAAUUUGAAUCUUUCGAAAAAUGGAACAAUUCGUUACGGUAAUCGUACACCUAUUCACAUCGGGCCAGUUUUCACUCGAGUACACAUGCCUCAACAAUCCUGUGAUCGUGAUCAACCAUUAGCCUUAUUUUUCGAUAUAUGUGAACGAGAUAAUCCAUGUUCUAAUGGUGGCACAUGUAUAGCUCUCAUGCCAGAUUUCAAUGAUACAUCUUACUCUUCGAUCAAAAUAGGACAGAUUAGUUAUAAAUGCAAUUGCCCAUCGCAUACAACUGGUGAACAUUGUGAAAUCUCUCAAUAUCCAUUAGGAUACUGUUUAAACGGUGGAACUCUUCUACAGAUUUAUGAUCGGUUCAAUAAAUCGGUUGAAAAAUGUCUUUGCGCUGCAGAUUUCUAUGGAACAUUUUGUGACCAAUAUGUUGAUAAUUGCGUUGGAGUGACGUGUUCAAAUCAUGGUAUAUGCAUAGAUGAUAUUGAAUCACACAAAUGCUCGUGUUUCGAUGGAUUCUACGGUGCCGCAUGUGAACGAAAACGCAUACAAACAGUUAUUCUCCAAGCAGCAACUCGAUCGUUUGGUAUCAUUGCAAUAUUAUUAAUUAGUGCCAUCGCUUGUUUAGUUGUUGCAAGUGACAUUCAUACGUAUGUCAUGCGUAAACAACAGCGAAAACUUUUGUUGGAGAAAGCACCACGUGUCACUUCGGAAAUCUUGGAAAAUUCAGUUCUUUUACUUGGAUUCGGUGAUGCUCCAAUUGAAAUGAACGAUCUUACAAAUAUUCGUAUUAUGCGAAGAGGAAAACGUCUGAAACAACGGCCAGCGAAGCGAAGAGCACGAAUACGAAAGACAAAUGGGAAACUGCCCAUUGCAAAAAGGCAACUUAUUCCAAAAGCAUCCGCCGAACCUGAACUCAUAGCAAUUCGACCUGCUGAAAACAACGUUUAA